ACUUGUUAUGUUCGCCCAGGGCAAGGCAUCUCUCCCACUUCCGUUCUUCGAUUCGUCAUUCGUUUUGCGUCUGGAGUCUUACGCUCUUUUCACCAAUGCGUCAUUCGUUCCUCGUUGCUUCGGCCCUUGCGGCCCUGGCACAUACCGUUUCGGCAGUCACCGGUGCCGCCGAGGGCUUUGCCAAGGGAGUGACGGGCGGUGGCAGCGCCACGCCUGUGUACCCCAAGACCAACGCUGAGCUUGUCUCGUACCUGGGUGACUCUCAAGCGCGCGUCAUCUAUCUUGACCGGACCUUCGACUUCACUGGAACCGAGGGCACCGCCAAGGAGACGGGCUGCGCUCCGUGGGGCACAGCUUCCAAUUGCCAGACGGCCAUCAAUAAGAACAGCUGGUGCGACAACUACCAGCCGAACGCGCCCAAGGUGACCGUCAACUACGACAAGGCCGGCAUCCUGGGCAUCACCGUCAAGUCCAACAAGUCGAUCAUUGGUGUCGGCUCCAAGGGUAUCAUCAAGGGCAAGGGUCUACGGAUGGUCAGCGGUGUCAAAAACAUCAUCAUCCAGAACAUCCACAUCACCAACCUCAACCCCCAGUAUGUGUGGGGCGGUGAUGCUAUCACGAUCGACAAUGCCGACCUGAUCUGGAUUGACCAUGUUACCACCUCGCUCAUCGGCCGCCAACACGUUGUGCUCGGAAACAACGCGAGCAACAGGGUCACCAUCUCCAACUGCAAGUUUGACGGCAACACCUCGUGGUCAGCCACCUGCGACGGCUAUCAUUACUGGGGUUUGUACUUUACCGGUUCCAACGAUAUGAUCACCUUCAAGAACAACUACAUCACCAAGAUGUCAGGCCGCUCGCCCAAGGUGGCCGGCAACACGCUGCUGCACGCCGUCAACAACUACUGGUACGACAGCGGGUCGGGUCAUGCCUUUGAGGUGGACUCGGGCGCGCAGAUCCUGGUCGAGGGCAACGUGUUCCAGAACAUCAAGACGCCCGCCGAGGCCGACGGCGGCAAGAUGUUCAGCUCGCCCAGCACGAGCGCCAACGCCGUCUGCUCGAGCUCCUUGGGACGCGUAUGCCAGAUCAACGGUUUCGGCAGCUCCGGCAGCCUGUCCGGUACUGACUCCAGCUUCCUGGCCAACUUUAAGGGCAAGAACAUUGCCUCGGCCGCUGCGUAUUCGAGUACCACCGUUAAGAAUGUGCCUAGCACGGCCGGGUUCGGGAAGAUCUAAUGUAAUGUAGGGAACAGUUGAAGGUGGAGAAGAGGGUGUCCAUUCGGGUUCUGUGUAUAUAAUUCUAUCAUUCUUUGCCGCCAGUUGAGCUGCCUCGAUGCCUGGUUCGCGUCGGUGUGCGGUUGUUUCUGUGGCGAAUGUAAAUAAGGUACAGCUUGCAAGUACAAUACUUAUUAUUCUUCACCAGUCUGCCAUUGGUAAUCAUAAUAUGUGUGCAAGUUCGUAUAUGGUGAAGCAAGAGGUAAGGAAAAUGGCCUUCUGCCCAAACCUUCUGCCGUUGUGAAGUCGAGAUUCCGAAUGUGGAGGGGGAGCGAACCGUCCCGUCGUUCAAUUCCGCGUUCUUAAUC